UCAGUACACUAGCUACAAAAAUGCAGUUAAAAAUAUCUCUCUGCCUCUUAUUUCUACUCAUGUUGAUUAUCGAGGAAAAUGCAGCUCGCAUUUCUGUUGCAAGAACUUCAGCAGGCGGAAGAAAGCAAAGUGGUGGAAGAAGUUCAGGGAGAGGAACAAGUUCAGGAGGAAGCAGUUCAGGAAGAGGAAGCAAUUCAGUGAGUAGAAGACGUUCAGGGAAUUACAGAAGUGGUCCUUAUGGAGGAGGUUGGGGAGACGGUUGGAUAGGAGGCUCUGGAAGCAAAAGUGAACCAUCGCUCGUUACGAAUUAACCAGUGCAUAAUAAUUAUAAUUAUUAUAAUUACAAAA